AUGGCAUCUCCAAUUCUACACCCGCUCACCCUCGACAACGCCGAAGCAGAGCAUUUAGACAUUGGAGAGAGAUCCGACGGAGGGAUCGCAACUUCUGAAUCUGAUGCAAAGACAGUUGUCCGGGUCUUUCCUAUUCGGCUUGCUACGGGGCAAGAUCUAGUGCCAACUUCAUCUGCAGUUCCAGCUCUUUUACAGUCCUUAGACUUCAACCUCUCCGGUCUAACAUUACAUGAAGCUGUAUUGAAGCCAUCACUGGGUGCAACACCUCUCCGGACGUCAACUCCUCUUCUCACUCCUCCGAAAUCUCAAUCGGGGUCAAGCUCUUCUUCGACCCUACAAAUACCUGAACAUGUCUCAACUUCUGGGCAGCGAUAUGUCACCAACAAAUUCAAUUUUGGCCUUUCCACUCACGAUUAUCCCACCCUGCCCCAUGUUGCCAAAGGGAAUAAGGUGUAUCGUUGCGAUCAGGAACCCAUUCACAUUCCAGGUGCAGUGCAAUCAUUCGGGGCUUUAGUGGCAUUGAGACAAGAUCCAAGUAGUAACUGCAUUGUCCGAAUUGCCAGCGAGAAUACAGGAGCUAUCAUAGGUCGGGAGCCAGAGGAGCUGUUCAACCUUCGAUGCUUCACAGAUAUGCUCAGCGCGAACUAUAAGACCGAGUUCAUGGUCCGGAUGAAGGCCCUCUGUUCAAAGCCGAUCAGAACAGACCCAGAUGUUCAUCCCCUCGCUUUGAUAUCCACAGACGCAGUCACAAUUCAUGUAUUCUGUGCCAUGCAUCUAAAUGAUGCAGCCGGUUUAAUCAUCUGCGAAUUCGAGUUAGAAAAGGAAAUCUUUACCUCAAAGCACCCGCCUGAACACGGCUUACCGGCUGUACCCGUUCAAGUUAUCGAUCACCAAAUACCGACCGAAGCUGCUCGCCUUCUAUCUACUACUAAUCGAAGCACUCCUCUCCACGCUGUCGACAUAGCUCGCGAGUCCUCUCGACCACUUGGUUCUCUGGACCUGUUUCACAUUCUUUCAGAAGUGCAAGCCCAAUUAUCGAAAUGCACAGAAUUACCAGCAUUGCUCGAUAUAAUCGUUGGACUGGUUUAUGAGCUCACCAGUUUUCAUCGUGUCAUGGUUUAUCAAUUUGACGAAAACGCUGCAGUAGGUUGUGUUAAGAGCGAAAUCGUCGAUCCGCGCGCAUCUAGCGAUAUAUAUCGCGGCCUGCAUUUUCCUUCAUCAGACAUUCCUCGGCAAGCGCGUGAACUAUAUCUGAUCAACAGAGUGCGAAUCCUCUAUGAUCGAGAGCAGGAGACGGCGAGGUUGGUUUGUCGCACUCUAGAUGAUGCUUCGAUACCACUAGAUCUCAAGCACUCAUAUCUUCGAGCCAUGAGUCCCAUACAUCUACGAUAUUUGUCGAACAUAGGAGUUCGGGCCAGCAUGUCAAUCUCCUUGGUCGUAGACGGCAAGCUCUGGGGCUUAAUAAGCUGCCACAAUUACGGUUCAAGUAUGCGGGUGCCUGCUCCAGUGCGGGAACUGUGCCGAAGCCUGGGCGACAUUGCAAGCAACACCAUUGGAAAUCUGCUCUAUGCCGCGCGAGUCAAGGCUCGUAAAGCAUUGUCCAUCGCUCCGCCAAAAACAUCGCCAUCAGCAUAUGUCGCGGCAUCCUCAGGAGACUUACUGAGCAUGUUCGACGCUGAUUUUGGGUUUCUCGUCAUCAAAGGCGAGGCUAGGGCCAUUGGUCGUCUGAUGGCGUAUGAAGAGUCUAUUGUCUUACUGCAGUUUAUACGCGACGAGAACUUUACGAGCAUCUUCUCAACAAACGCUAUUCGCAAUGAAUGUCCAACCUUGAAAACUUCUGCGGAACUAUCAAUCAUAUCUGGCAUGCUCGUAAUUCCACUCAAUCCCAACAGUGCAGAGUUUCUAGUGUUUUUUAGGAAAGGGAUCUUGAAACAUAUUAGCUGGGCUGGAAAUCCGUAUGAAAAAGCUACCUCGUCAGGCCGGAACUACCUUGAGCCUAGAAGUAGUUUUCGACGAUGGAGUGAGCUUGUUGUUGGUACGAGUGCAAACUGGACUGAAGACCAACUUGAAAGUGCUGCUGUACUUUUGACGCUCUAUUCACGCUUUAUUGAGGUUUGGCGUCAGAAAGAAGCGAUCGUUCAAAAGAACAGAAUGACAAGAAUUCUGAUCCAGAAUGCGGGUCACGAAGCUAGAACUCCAUUGAAUAGCAUUAUCAACUAUCUCGAGAUCGUCUUAGAAGAUAACCUGGAUAAGCGAGCUCGACUACAUCUACAAAGAUCACUUCAGGCUUCCAAAUCGCUGGUCUUUGUCGUCAAUGACCUCCUCAACCUCACAGAGGUCGAAGAUGCGGUCUACAACAUGUACCAGGAAUACAUCGAUCUGAAGGCUUUGAUGCGGAGUUUAGUAACUGCAUUCGAGCCAGAGUCCAGCAGGAAGAAUCUCAAAGUCGUACUAAACGCCGAUGACACGAUUCCAAGCAUCGUCAAAUGCAAUGGAUCGGAUCUGAGACAGGUCAUUUCCAAUUUGUUAGCCAAUGCCAUUCAACAUUCCGAGGACGGGUAUAUCAACAUGAGCCUACGCUGCACUGGCACCUCGGACCUCUACGUUUUCACCGAGAUCUCGAUUGAAGACAAAGGCCGUGGACUUGAAAAGUCACAACUGGAUAAUCUAUUCCAAGAUUUCGAGAAGAUAUUAGACGAUGAGGAUGGCGAAAGUACUUCAACAACGUCGGCCAAUGAUGCAGCUUACUUGAAGACUAUAAAUACACAAAUCGGUUUAGGUCUCGCCCUUACCGCUAGAUUUGUCAGACUCAAUAACGGGCAAAUCGCGAUCUCAUCAGCAGGUUUAGGAAGAGGAGCAAAAGUGUCAAUCACCGUCCCUUUCCACAAAGCCUCGAUCCAACCGCGGCAUGCUACCUUGAAUCCGACUCAAUUCAAGGUAAAUGUAAGCAAUCUCCCAACGCCACCUACCCCCAGUGAGCCAUCGGCCCAGGCCCGUACCUCCUUCUUUAGCCCAAUACUUUCUCCAAUAACGACAUCCUACUCUGAUUUUGGUCAGGUAAGUGUGCCCGGUAUUCUUGAGAGUCCAACCGACCCCACAAGUCCCAUGUCCCCAGAAACGGAUUUGGAAGUCGACAAGUUGAACAUAUUAGUGGCUGAAGACAAUCCGUUGAAUAGCCGGCUAUUGCAAACAAGAUUGAGUAGAAAGGGACAUGGAGUCCAGGUCGCUGUCGAUGGACAGGCGUGUGCCGAUGCGUUUAAGCAGAACACGAUGUUGUUCGACAUAAUCUUGAUGGAUAUUCAGAUGCCCCUCGUAUCAGGUGUCGAAUCCACCCGCAUAAUCCGCGACUUCGAACGUGUUCACUCACCACCAUCCUCUCCCAAAGUCUCCGCCUAUGGUCGCAUACCUAUCAUAGCUGUCUCCGCUUCCCUGGUCGAAAAGUCGAAACUCGAGUACUCGGCCGCGGGAUUUGAUGGUUGGAUCACAAAGCCUAUCAAUUUCAAGCGAUUGGAGAGGAUCAUGGAUGCAGCGAGAAAUGCUGAGAAGAGGCGAGAGUUGGCAUAUGGGAGCGAUGAGUGGGAGAAUGGCGGGUGGUUCGUUACGUAG